UCACUCUUCCGCUUUGAAUUUGAGUUACAUUUCUCAAUUCUCUCACCAAACCAAACAAACAUGAAAAAACAACAACUUAUCUUCCCUCUCACAAUUUCAUUCUCUCUCACUCUCCUCAUUGUUUCAGCUCGUCUAUUUCCCGACGUCCCCUCUUGGAUACCUCCCGGCACUCUCCCGGUAGGCCCGUGGGAUGCCUUUCGCAAUUUCACCGGCUGCCGUCAAGGCGAAAACUACAACGGCCUCUCUAAUUUAAAGAACUAUUUCCAACACUUCGGUUACAUUCCCCGCUCGCCAAAAUCAAAUUUCUCCGAUGACUUCGACGAUGAUCUCCAAGAAGCAAUUAAAACCUACCAGAAGAAUUUUAAUCUCAAUGUAACCGGUGAGCUCGACGACAUGACUCUCCGGCAGGUCAUGCUACCACGUUGCGGCGUAGCGGAUAUUAUUAACGGUACAACUACCAUGAACGCCGGCAAGGACACAGAAACAACGUCAAACAGUGACAGCAAGCUAAGGUUCCAUACAGUAUCACACUUCACCGUGUUUCCCGGUCAACCAAGGUGGCCGGAGGGAAAGCAGGAACUAACCUACGCGUUCUUCCCCGGUAACGAACUUACAGAAACCGUGAAAAGCGUCUUCGCAACAGCGUUUGCACGAUGGUCGGAGGUCACCACGCUGAAAUUCACCGAAACAACGUUAUAUUCCGGCGCUGAUAUUAAGAUCGGAUUCUUCAACGGCGACCAUGGAGACGGCGAGCCGUUUGACGGAAGCUUGGGAACGCUAGCGCAUGCUUUCUCUCCAAGGAACGGGAGGUUUCACCUUGACGCUGCAGAGGACUGGGUAGUUUCCGGCGAUGUGUCGAAGUCGUCGUUACCAACUGCGGUUGAUUUAGAAUCAGUGGCGGUGCAUGAGAUUGGGCACUUGUUAGGAUUAGGUCACUCAUCGGAGGAGGAAGCGAUAAUGUUUCCGACGAUAUCGUCACGGAUGAAGAAAGUAGUGCUGGCUGACGAUGAUGUAAGGGGAAUUCAAUAUUUAUAUGGUACUAACCCUAGUUUCAAUGGCUCCACCGUCAUAUCGUCACCGGAGAGGAAUAUCGGCAACGGUGGUUGCAGCCUCACUUCUUUGUGGUCCCCGUGGAGACUUUUCUCUCUGUUGACUUUUGUAUUAUCACAUUUCUUGCUAUAGGAAUUGUUUUUUGUUUGAAAGAUUCAUAUUAUAGGAUUUGUUUAUUUACAUUUAUGUAUAUAAAUUUUGCAUAUAAUAUUUA